UUCCUUGCGAGUCACCGUAGCCGACAGAUCCUUCAUGGGUUUAUUGAAGUUUGCGAAGGCUCUUGAGAGUGGAAAGUAUGUAGUGUCGGAGACUGAUCAUUCGUAUAUUAUAGAUGCCUACAAAGCCAUUCUUGCUAGAAUGACACUUAGAGGUACACGAGACUUCAAGAGACACAUUCACUUCGAGGACUUUCUGAUCCGUGAGUGGGAUCGCCCUGCUGUCUCCGGAACUACUACGAAAGCAUCGUUAUUCAAGCUCGACAUUCUCUCUGCGAGGUAUCAUGAUUGGCUCACAUCGAGCUCGCAGUCUUAUCAUCCUUGUUUUGAAGAUGAGGUACGAGUCGUCGGCGAGUACUACUGCGAAUCAAGUGGUCGUGGUACUCCUUUCGAGUUGCUCAAUGUUAACCUAGAUGUUAGUAGCAAUACGGCAUCGGGAACAUUCGCUUUUGAACACCGGGACUUGUGGUACAGCUAUGAAGUUGGUGGUAUCUGGGAAGGCGUGAGCCAAACUCUCUAUCUUGAGCCUAUCAACGACCCUAGUGUCUCAAUACCCGAGGGUUUCGUUGCGGUGCCUUUGCAUCUCACGUUCUACGAGGACCAUGGUGAUUACCUCCAGGGCUCUAUUGGCGCUCUUGGUUGCGACGCCAUAUACGGUAAGCUCGUUCCCCCGAUAUCGCCGACCACUCCGGAUGCUGACAUUGAGAAGAGAUAUUCAGCUGAGGAAGUCAAAGGUCCACUAGUAGAUGUAGCAGAGGAAAUUGACAAUCUUCGUUCGAUAUGGCGAAGUAGUCUGUUCGGAAAAAAGAUGCGAGGUUCUUCGAUGCUGCCCGAUAGUAGUGACACGGUGAUCCCCAUCUCAUUGUAGGAAACCAGUCAUCAUUACUGUUACGUUGACUUCUUUAUUUAUUUCAUUGUGCAACAAGGUAUUCA